CAACGUACUACUCCAUUCAGCACAAAAAGAAAUCGCAAAGUCUCAAAGUCUGGUAUUUAUUUGUACACAAGUUGUAAACGGAUAUUACCGACUUGCAAUAUUAUAGCUAGCAAGCAAGCGACGGUGAUGUAGGACGCAAGAAAGGAGGUGGAGGAGGUCUCUCUGUCGUCUGCAUCUUCUUUUCCGGAUCUCAGAAAACGUAUGUCAAACCCUGUAUUCCCAUCUCCUUUUUAAGAUAGACAAGGUAUGGCAGAAGCAGGAGCACAGACUGCAUGCCAUUGUAGAGCAAACUGUUGUUUUGUCCAAGAAGACGCGAGGAGCGCUCCAAGAUUUUCUUCCUACCCGUCGUCAUCUUCCUCGAAAGCAGAAUCUGAUAUUGCACCUGAGAACAUCAAACCAGAUUGCAUGCCUUGUAACCCAAGUCCUGAACUAGCACCCAACACCAAGUGGUGGUUGAACCUGGAACCCAACUGUGGGCCUCAGGAGGAGUUUACUUACGAACAGCUAAAAGUUCUGGAAGCUGAACUUGAAGUUUUGAAUUCCGGAUUUGUUCAUAGAACUCCCAUUAUAAGCGACUAUUAUCAGUGCAACGGGGUUUUGAGUACUCAAAAUGACAUAAAGAAUAGUGCUAAUUCUUUUGUGGAGCAGCCGCUCGAGGUUUGUGUCACUCAUACAAGAAGUGACCAGAAUAAGGGAAUGCAUGAGCGCAAGGCUGGAAUUGGGAAUGAUCCACAAGUUCCUAAGAAAAAGGACCCGGGCGAGUUUAGGUACUCAGAUGAUCAUCUCAUGAAAUUGGAUUCUUCGAACUGCUUGAGCUCUGGGGAACCCAAGAAAAUGUCUUCCAGUUUGGAAUCCCAGUGGGUGGGAACCCAGAAAAAUGAACCAUGGUGGCGCUCUGCAGGUCAAGAUGAGUUGUCUUCCUUGGUUGCUCAGAAGUCACUUGAACAUAUCGAGAAUUGUGAUCUCCCGCGGCCACAGAUUAAGCAUCGUAGGAAGGGCCCCUCAGCUUUCGAUCCUAAUUCAGCUAUGGAUCAGAUGGCUGAAAUGGGUUUCUCCAAUAUGGACACUUAUACAUGGGCGAGCUUUACUUCAACUUACUCAACACAUGAGUCAGGCAGUCCUAGAAGCAGGGAUGAGGUUGAAACCCAAAACGAUGUAGAAGACGAACGAACAAAAGCCGAGCUAUUGGAAGCUUUGUGUCACUCUCAAACGCGAGCGAGGAACGCAGAGAAAGCCGCAAAGCAAGCCUAUACAGAGAAGGAGCACAUAAUCACUCUGUUUUUCAAGCAGGCCUCACAACUCCUUGCUUACAAGCAGUGGUUGCAAUUGCUGCAGCUCGAGAACUUCUGCCUGCAGCUCGACAACAAAGACCCACCAUGGUCCCCUUACAGAGGCAGGCACAUGAAGAAGGGCCAGCGCAGGGCCGGAAAACGGGGCAGCAGACGAAGCUACGAAAUUAACACGGGCGUUGUUGCAUUCGCGGUGGGAUUGGGUCUUGCCGGGGCGGGUUUGCUCCUCGGAUGGACAAUGGGGUGGUUGUUUCCAACCGUUUAAACUAUUCUUCGUGCUUUGCUUGCCUCUUAUUUCGUGGAUUGGAUUUCACUUGACUGUCUACGUCUCCAUUGCAUGCGCGCGGAGGAGAAGUUUUUGUAUAAAUGUAUCGCCAUGCUAUUAAGUAUAGAAAAGGAAUAUGAUGAUACUAUUGUAGAUUGAUCUAUAUUAAUCUAUAUUAAAUUAAUCCGCAUUACAAU